GUACCUCACUGCAGCGAACUUUCCCGUCUUAGUCGAGGUCAAUGCUGCAAGCUCACCUUUUCGCGAGCCUCCAGUGUUCCUGGUCCACAAGUUCGUGUGAUGGCAACAGGUUCCAUUCGCGACCAGCUACUCGGUGCCUGGGAGCUGGCAGAGUACUGCGCCUUUCCAGUGGACAACCCAGACGCCAAGAUCUACCCAAUGGGGAAGGAUGCGCAAGGCAUCAUCAUGUAUACACACAAUGGUUACAUGUCCGCCCAGCUACACAUUCCCGGCCAGCCGCCAUUCAAGUCCGAUGACUUGAACGGUGGCACUACCGAGGAGCUCGCUGAAGCAGGCAAGAACUACUUCGCUUACACUGGCCCUUUCUACCUCGACGAGUCGUCGAAGGAACCCCUCUUGCUGCAUCAGAUGGCGAACUCAAGCUUCCCGAAUUGGCAGGGCAAUGUCCAGAGACGGGUGAUGAAGAUCACCGAAGAGGCCGGGGUGAAGUAUCUGACGCUUGGUCCAGAAGCUCCUCACGUGGUGAUGGGCGAGCAGAGAAUGACGAGGCUUGUCUGGAGACGGUUACCCGAUAAUGGUGCAAGUCGGCCGACUUAGCAUGCUAACCCAAGUGAGGACCGCAAUGAGCUUCGGCAUUGACAUAAUGAUGGUCGCAGUGUGCAGAGACUGCCAUUGAG